AUGCGUUUCAAUAACAACCUCUUGCUCGCCUCUUUCUUCGGCGUCGCAUCCGCUUUCCGUCGAAGCUGCAGGCCCGAUACUACUAGCGACGUCACCGGCCUCGGCUUUUACACCGUAUUAAACACCGACACUUUGGCCAGUAUCGCGGCGGACUUUUGCACCUUUGCCUCAGAGCUGCAAAAUAUAAACCUUACCCCCCCGAUCGCUACGGAAAACUUUCUAAAAGUUCCUUGCAGAGCUCGAAAGCGCGAUUGCUCUAGGAUCCCGGGUAGUGAAAAUGGGUAUUAUACGGUCGUCGACGGCGAUAACUUAACGAUUAUUGCGGCAGAUUUCUGCACAAAUGUCAAGGGUUUGAGGCUUCUAAACACCGACGUUAUGGAAAAUACCGGCAAACCCACCCCUGGCACGGUCCUCGAAGUUCCUUGCUCUUGGAAUUAG